GGCUUUACUCGUGGCUAAAUUUACAACCACUCACCAAUGUGCUACAUGACCCAUAUGUGCCGCAAAAGCUUGUAGAAAUUUUUUUAUGUGAAACGCAAAAGCAGAUUAGAUCACGCAUGCGCACGAACGGGCGCGGUCGUCGUUGUUGAAAGUGCGAGGGGCGGUCGCGGUGAACAAGGGGAAAGAGACGAGGAAAGAGAGGGCUGUGUUUUGCUUUACAUCGACAUGUAACCAUGAGCACCAACCUAGACCCAUCUGAUGUGCAGACAGUUUUGGAUGUAUUGCGGGAAGCCGAUUUCUUCCCUCGUCACUGGAGAACCCUGGGUCGCCGACUGGGAGUCAGCGAUGUUGACUUGGACACUAUUGGCGCAGAUUUCAAGAGUUACGGCGUCGAGCGUUGUCUAGAGGCAGUCAUCGACAACUGGAAGCGGAACGGUGAAAAUACGUGGGGGGCGUUGGCCGACGCUGUUUCCAAAUGUGAUGGCGAUGGCGGGGGAAGUAACGUUGCUCGGAAAGUGCGGGAAAAAGUUGGCUUACAACAAGCCGAAACACCUCCGCAUGAUCUUCCACACCAAGAAAGUGGUGACUCUGCAAUUGGAUCUGAGGGAAGGCCGAGCUUUAGCUCUCCCACCUCCCCACUCUCCCCACUGAGUCCACUGGAACUCUCAAGUGAAGAUUUCUUUCAGGCACUGGAGGACAGCAAUGCAGACCCUAGGAAAGUGGUCAACGUAAUUCAUCGCCACGAUGCACACUUUAGUUACGUGCCAGGUGGAUUUUUCAGGUCGCUGCGGGAAGCUAAAGAUGUGACUGAUCUCUUCUUUGAGCUCGACGAAUACUGGGAUCCGUUCAACUACUUUCUCCUGGAACGUCUCUUUCUGCGACCAGCAACAAGGGAUCUCUUUGCCGGCCAUUUGAAGCACGUUUACGACAACUUGCGGGAAUGCAUGGUCAAUUACAAGAAGGACAUUGAGUAUUUCCGAAAGCAUACCGAUGUCACCGUCUACUGCUCAUGUGUUUUAAAGGGUAAGCGCUCUUCAGAAGUUCCAUCUACCUUCAGAGAGCUUGUAGAGAAGAAAGACUUUAAAACGCUGGAAGACGUCGAGAUAUUUAGACAGGAAUUAGCCGCCCAAUACAAACUUGUCGAUUUCUUGGUAUUUCUGAAGAAGAUUGAAAAGGGCUCCGUAAUCCUCACCUUCUGGAUCCCUAAAUGCGCAACCGUCUCUGGCCUAGAGCUAGACGUAAGUGAAUCUGAUGGCGGAAACAACGAAGGUUCUUCAGUGGACCCUAUCAUUAUUAGAGACAGAGUCCAGGUUGAAUGGUCCCCUCAGUCAGAUGAGCCACCAACACCACGAGAGCCACUGAAAGAAGAGUCUCAGGGGCCAACACAACAAGAAGCUGGUGACACAAAGGCUGUUGUGAAAAAAAGAUCUGUGGCCGGCUCUGUAAUCACUACUGUCUCCAAGUUGGUAGUUCCCAAGUAUUUGCUUAAUCCCAUAUUAUUGAUGACCGCUGUGUCAAAUGGUGACAAAGAUGAAGUGAAAAUUCUUCUUUCAAAGGGGGCAGACCCAAAUGCAUCGCCUCCAAUGAUUGAAUUUACUCCCCUGAUGGAGGCUAGUCGACAGGGUAAUGUUGAAAUAGCAGGUUUGCUGCUGGACAAAGGAGCUGACCCUAACCGCACUAAUAAUGAAGGCUGGACUGCACUAAUGGCGGCUACAAACAAUGGCCGAUAUGGUACGGUGGAUAUUCUGUUACAGAAAGGAGCAAACCCGGACAUGCAAGACCAUUAUGGGGAAACUGUUCUUAUUUUUGCGUGUAAGAACAGGAACCUCAAACUUGUUAAACAACUACUUUCCAUGAAGGCUAAUCCAAACCUUUGCAAUAACCAUGGGGAAACCCCUGUCUUGAUUGCAACAAAAUGGGGUGAUACAGAAAUCGUACAGGAGCUCUUGGACAACGAUGCAGACCCAAAUAUGGCGGCCAAGAGGCUUGGCAAGAUGCUAGCUGAUCACAAGACAAGCAACAUGAGGGAGGUGUGCAUGCUUUUGAUGAGAUGGCCCGCGCUGAGCUGCGAAACUUACAGACUUGGCCAGGAGACUCAAUCCACAACAGUUGUUUACCUCGAGGACACCAAGAGAUGUUCUGAGGCUGACAAUAAAAUCCCUGGCCACAGUCCAGAAGCACCUCAGUUUAGGUCCACUCAUGCUACCACUGAAACCUGAGAAGGAUGAAGGCAGAGAAGAGAUUAAUUCUCAAAACAAAGAAGCGAGGAUGACGCUGCAACCGUGGAAAGAAAGGAACAAGAAAUGACAGUUCCUUCCUACUACAAGUACGACGACAGAUACCCAGGAAUAAGGUUCUUUGGGAAUCCGUGGAAGCAAACGGUCACAGUGG